UCCUGACACGCCGUAGAGGACAACCAACAAACGUGCAAUGUUGUGACUCGACCCAGCUAGUUUACGGUUUUAACCUGAACACGUGCGAGAACGGAAUCCCGCUCGUGUCUGAUCGAUUUCUCUCAUUGAACCCUAAAGAUCCCGUGGAAAGCUGCGGUCCCGUUAGCUUCAAAACCGGAGGAGAAGAAGAAGAACCGGAACCUUGACGGUAGCCUUGUCGGUGGAGAUCCUAGCGGAGGUUAUAAAUAUUUCCACCUCGCGUCUGUGGGGGGAAGCCCGUCGAUAACAUGUCAGCCGCGCAGAACGAGUCGAGGAAGCGGAGCAAGAAGCGCUAUGUGUCCGGUCAGCAGGGCAAGCGGUGGAAGGGCUCCCGGGAGCUGGAGGUGGGAAUGCAGGGGAUCCUCAUCACCUGCAACAUGAACGAGAGAAAGUGCACCGCGGAGGCCUUCAACCUGCUCAACGAGUACGCGGACAAGCUCUACGGACCAGAGAAGCUUCAGAACAACAAAGGAAGCAGCAGCAGUGAGGAAGAAGAAGCCGAAGAAGAAGAUGUAGACGUGGCGUUGAAGAAGGAAGUCGCACAGCUUCGGUCGUCUGCAGGCAAACGGGAGAGGCGCUUCCAGGCCCUGGAAAGCGGCGCCAACAAUGUCAUCUUCAUCAAAACUCACAAUCUGGAACCUGACAAAUUGGUCCAUCACAUCCUGUCUGAUCUCCACUCCACCAAGAAAAAGAAGUCACGAGUGAUCCUCCGGAUGCUCCCGGUAACUGGAACGUGCAAGGCGUUCCAGGAAGACAUGCUGAAAUACCUGACUACCUUCUUAGAGCCCUGGUUCAAAACUCCACACAGUGCAACCUACCAGAUUGCCUUCAAGGCCCGAAACAGCAGCCAUAACAAGAGAGAGGAAAUCAUCAAAUCCAUCGCAGGUCUUGUUGGGAAGCUGAACCCGAAAAACAAGGUGGACCUGACGAACCCCGAACUGACGAUAAUCGUGGAGGUCAUCAAGGCCGUGUGCUGCGUCAGCGUGGCCAGAGACUAUACGCUGUACAGGAAGUACAAUGUUCAGGAAGUGGUAAAAGAGGACGCGACCAAGACGAAAACCGACGUGAACGCGGCCGAACAGAGAGACGAGCACAACGGAGGGGAGGUGGAGAAGGACAAGGAGGAGGGAGUUGCAGAAGAUGAGGAGAAAACUGGAGCACAGAUUGAAGAGCAGGAGGUUAAUAAGGACGAAGGAGGUGGAGAAUAAGAGCUCAGACUCAAAGAAAUCAGACAGUUUCUUUAUGUUUAAGUGUGAUUUAAAAAAAAAAACUGUUAACAGUUGUCUAAUACGACAGAGUAUUAGGGCCAUUCUAAAAAAAAUAAAUUAUUGUAGUAUUAUGAGAAUAUAGUCAUAGUAUUACAACUUAUGACUUCAAUCUUGUAAUAUUUCAACUUUAUUAUCAUAGGAUUUUAUUCUCACAAUACUACGACUUAAUUUUCGUGAUUUUAUUCUCAUAUGUCUUUAUUCUCUUAAUUUAAAUUUUUUUUUUUUUAUUGUCUUAGCGUGGCCCAAAUAUUCCGUCGUAAUCAAAACGCCCUGGUUGUUAAUAGUCUAAAAGAUAAUAAUGUAACUUAAUGUUUUGGGGCAUUUUUAUUUUAUUUUAUUAAUAUAUGAAGACAAAUGACAGGCUUGUAACCAACUUCACUGAUGAGGGUAAGUGUCCAGUUUUUUGCAAUGAAAUAUUGCACCUUUGACCUUUUUGUAUUUUGAAUUUCAGUUCCUAAUUUAGAUCUUUUUACUGAAAUAAUUGCAAGUUGGGCCACAUGACACGUUAACAGGAGGAUUACAUAAUGGUACCUUUACAAAUGUAGAUUACAUGAAUUCUUUGUAGUUCUUUCUUAAUUCUCAAAUUAAAAGUUCUGUGUUUGA